AUGAUCACUUUGAAUUUAAUACUUAUUGUGUUUAUCACAGUUAUCAGAGAUAUUAAUGGGAUUACAAUUGAUGAAGAAGUCCGUCAAACAGGUGGCGAGUUUCUCUACGGACCCGACAACGACCGUAUUGAAUUCAAUGCCUUAGUUGCCCUUAAAGACAUAUAUCACUUUGAAAUUUACGAUGUGACAUUUAAUGAAGAGUUUUACUACUAUAAUACUAAAAGUGUGAGUAGCAUCAGGUUUCAACAGACUAUAUUUACACAGAAUUCUCAUACAAUUUUAGAUAGACAGUCUUCUAAUAAUGUAUACAUGACGGGUAGCAAUAUAAAUCUAGGAUAUCUCACAUUCCAGACUUUGCAGGGGGCACGUUUAAGUAUCUUUGCGGUAUCAUUGGUGAACGAAGGAGAAAUGUAUUUGAUUGGUAAUAUGGAUAGACUUUAUUUUGCAGGUUAUUCUUUCACCAAUGACGGUACAUUUUGUGCAAAGGAUACAGUAAUCAACUUGGAUGAGGACUCUAAAGGGAGAGGCUGUUAUGUUCUUGAAAACACAGAGAUUACCAUUUUCGGUGGAGCAUCCAUACCUUCUAUCUGCUUGUCAGGUAACGUUGAAGACACAUCCGUGUUGUAUUUGAUGGCGUCUGAACAAGGAACGGUCAAGGUUGUAAAUUUUGGUCCAAAGAAUAUUUUGUACAUUAACGCUGGAGUGCUUGACGUUGAUAAUAAUUAUUUGAUUGGAGAUUAUUUAAAAAUAGAUUUCGGUCCAGGGUAUGAUAUGAGUAAAUUUGAGGCACAAGUUUUCGGUGCGCACCUUCAAAUUAGGUAUACGGGAGACAUUGAUGAAAAUGCAGAACGUUAUACAUGUGAUUGUACUUGUCCUGACCUACCUCCAACAAGCAUACCAGAAGAGAAAACAAAAGCAGAAGAGCCAACCGAAUCAAACGAAGGAACCGAACCAGUCAACGUAUUUAAUGAACAGAUCUUGCAAACUGGUGGUCAGUUUUAUCACGAACCUUCCUCAUUCCAGAGCAUCGACGACCUUAUCCAAUUCAACGGGUUAGUUUCGGUUGUUGAUCCAGAUUCAUUUUACCUUAAUGGAGUACAGUUUAAUGACGAAUUUUACUACUAUGCAACAGUUGUUCCAGAAGAGGUUCCUUAUUUUGAUUUAACCAUAUUUAAUGACGAAUCCCACAUUAUGGCAGCUACUGGCACAGAGACUUUCGAAAUACAGUUUGGAGAAGCGACUAUGAAUUCCGGUUAUCUUUCAUUUCAGAAUUUGCAAAAUGAAGGACUUGUCUUAAUCAGUGGUUCUGGUCGUAUGGAAAAUCAUAAUCAAAUGUAUUUGAUUGGUGCUGAUCCUAAGUUCAUCAGAUUUGAAUCUCAAAUCUACAACUAUGGUACAGUUUGUGUUAAAGGUGGAACUAUGAUACCUACAGGAAUGGAUGAAGGAAAUGGCUGCUACAUUCUCGAAGAUUCCAUCAUGGUCAUUGAUGCUGGCGACUUCGGUUCUUCUAUUUGCUUUGCAGAUGAUAAGUAUGACGAGUCGGAAAUUUACUUCCCUCAUGAAAACCGCCUGCGUUAUCUAUUGAAGCUUGUGAAUUUUGGAAUGCGUAACUCCUUGAAAUCCGAGAUUUGGGGGCAUGAACUACCACAUAUCUCGAUUGAAGAUAAUCAUUUAAAAGUCGUAAGGUCUGAGUUCGAUUUUGGAUCUGAAUUCGAUUUUGGCCCAGGUUAUGAUUUGAAUAGUUUUGAGGGACGUAUCGACGAGGAUGGAUAUUAUGUAAUCACAUACAAUGGAGUCAUUACCAACGAAGAAGAACGUUAUGUUUGUGAGUGUGCUUGUCCUGACUUACCUCCAACAGAUGUACCAAGAGAAGCAUUGGUCAAUACGGUUGCAUCAGGUGAAGAAGAUCAACCACUACCAGAUGAUAAUGAUCCACCACCAAGUCAACCAGCACAUCCAGAGCAAAUGAAACCAGAAUCGGGUAGUCAAAACACUUCAGGCGGAACCCCAAAUCCCGGCGACUCAGGAUCAGGAAAAGAUCCAGAAAAUCCAAAAUUUGUGACCCCAGAAUCUAUUCCAGAUACAGAGAAGAAAUUGGACGACGUACAACAAACGGGAAACGAUGAACUUGCUGGACCAGGAGAACUUAAUGGAGGAAAUGGCCAGGGUGCAUCAGUUGAAGUGCAAAGCGGAGGACAUGUUCCGGUUGCACCAAUGGCACAACAAAAUGGAGAAAUUAGCCUGGAUGGACCAGCAGAACCAGCAGAAGAACAUGGAGACACUGACUUGGCUGGAUCACAAGAAAUCGUGGGGACUGACCUGGGAGUAACAGAUGAAGAAAAUGGAGGGGAUGGACCAGCAGAAGAACAUGGAGACACUGACUUGGCUGGAUCACAAGAAAUCGUGGGGACUGACCUGGGAGUAACAGAUGAAGAAAAUGGAGGGGAUGGACCAGCAGAAGAACAUGGAGACACUGACUUGGUUGGAUCACAAGAAAUCGUGGGGACUGACCUGGGAGUAACAGAUGAAGAAAAUGGAGGGGAUGACCUGAACGUGCAACAAGGAAACAAAGUGAAUGAAAUGGUUGGAACAUCAGAAGAAAAUGAAGAUGGCGACCUGAAUACACCCCAAGAAAAUGAAGGGAAUAUUCUGGAUGAACCAGAAGAAGAUAAUAAAGAGGGCCAGCUGGAUGAGCCUGAAGUAGAAAAUGUUCUGGCUCCAACAGAAGAAGAGAAUGGACCAAAUUUGCAGGAUGUACCAGAAGAAGAAAAUGCAGGAAAUGGUCAGAAAGGGCCACAAGUAAAUAAACAACCAGUAUCAGAUGUUUAUUUACCAGUAUCGGAAGAUCAAGAGAAUGAAUCGGAUGGACCAAACGAAAUUCAAUCAACUUUGGUAAAAGAAGACAACUCCUUAUCCCAAGAUAGUCCUACAACACCUAGUUCUACUGUCUCCGGAUAUGAGACACCUACCAGCUCCCAGAUAGUUGACAAGGAAACUUCAACUACUGGCUCGGACAAUCCUCAUUCAACGGGUUCAGAAGUGGGCAACGUCAACGCUAUAAACGCCGGUCACUUAUUGGGUGAUCUAGAUGCUGAUGUUGUGCUUGGCCAGAAUCCUGCUGAUACUGGCUUUGGAUCUGAAAUAGAAACUUCGUGGAGUUCCUCAUCUAUGAAUAUGACAAACGCAACAUCUGCUUUGGCUAGAGUUACAACAAUAAGUCAAGUAAUUACUUAUGAAAUAGAAGUGCUUACUACAUUUGAAAGUGUGAUCACUAUAGCAGGCGUUGAACACUUCACUGAAGCAGUCACGAAGAUACCAAUGAUGGCGACAGAAACAGUAGUGGUUACGAGUAUUUUACCUGUGGAAUAUGGUAUUGCUGGUGCUGAAACAGUUCAAGAUGAUGAAUCAGUCAUUGGUAAGAAUAGUUUACCAGUGGAAAAUGGUAUUGCGGAUGCUCAAACUGUUCAAAAUGAUGGGUCAGUCGGUGAUUCUACAAUUAUUCCUUCUGCUUCAACAGAUAAUGCCCCAAUCAUCGACAUUUUUGAAGGUGCUGCUGCCAUUUCGUUAGAGUGGAACAGUUUAUUUAUGAUGGCAAUGAUGGCGGUUUCUUUGAUUGCUGUUAUUUAA